GAGCCCGUGGGGGGAAGAAACGGGCAAGAAAAGCCCAGCUCCAGAAGUCACUGCAUCCCGUGUGGCUCACAACUCCCAGAAGUCUCUUGCAGCUGCCAGCCUGAUGUCUCGAAAGUUGGGGUUCAGCGGCGCCUCUGCCUCCCUGGUCCCCCCAGACGACUUGAAGAACCGCGAGUUGGUAGGUGAAGGCGGGUUCGGCACAGUGUUCCUGGCAUGGCAUAGGAAGUGGCACUGUGAUGUGGCUGUCAAGAUCGUGAAUUCGGACCAGCUGUCCAGCGAGGCGAGAACUAUGGCAAGUCUGGAUAACUCGUACGUGUUGAGACUUCUAGGAGUGACGGAGAACCUACAGUGGGACGGCGUGUCCGGGCCAGCUCUGGUGACACAAUUCAUGGAGAACGGCUCCCUGUCAGGGCUGCUGCAGCAGAACUGCCCUCGGCCCUGGCCGCUCCUCUGCCGCCUACUGUGGGAAGUGGUGCUUGGGAUGAGUUACCUGCACAGUCUGGAGCUAGUGCACAGGGACCUCAAGCCCUCCAAUGUCUUGCUGGACUCAAACCUUCACGCCAAGUUGGCAGAUUUUGGCCUCUCCGCGUUUACGGGACAGUCACAGUCAAGAACAGGGUAUAAGUUCCAGAAGCCAGGGGGCACCCUGGCUUACUUGGCCCCAGAAUUGUUAGCUGAUAUAAACAAGAAAGCCUCCAAGGCCAGUGAUAUCUACAGCUUCGGGAUCCUCAUGUGGGCAUUGUUAGCAGGAAGAGAACCUGAGGUGGCAGCACAGAUAUCACUGGUCCAUGAAAGAAUAGUUGAGAAGCAGAUGCGACCCCCAGUGAGUGAGCUGCCCUUGUCCAGCCCUGAGACUCCAGGCUUGGAAGAACUGAAGAAGCUGAUGCAGCGCAGUUGGAGCCAUGAGCCCAGUGACAGGCCCCCCUUCUUCCCAGAAUGCCAGGAAACAACUGAAAAAGCCUGUUUGGGGGUACUUGGCAACAUGGAUGCUGCUGUCUUGGAAGUGACAAAAUUUCUGUCUGAGCACAGGAACAGCAAUAGGAAGUUGUCUGCCCCAAAUCUAAGCCAAGGAGGAAAGGAAAUGGACAGGGAAACCACCGGAAACCAAUCCUCGUGGACUGAUUCCACAUUGUCUGAGAGUCUGAACUACCUGACACUGAAGCAGCCCCCCACCCCAGUUCCUAAAAAAUACACAGGUCUUACUGAGGAGAGUAGGGCACCGGGAGAGCAGGUUGAGAAUGCCAGAAGAGCAAUGGGCCAAACUCUCCAGGCUCCAGAGACCUCACCUUUCAGAAACCAGACAGCCAAUCCCUUUUCCACUGCAACUCCAAGUCCUGGAGCCCAAGGCAAUCAGGGAACUAUGGGACAUGACACCAACUCGUUCUCCAGGGCUCCAGAGUCAAUUUCACCAACAGGGCCGUUUAUAUACCAUAGCAGCUACUUGCAAGUGGGAAGCUACAACCACAUGACAGUACACUCAACAGCUACCUUUCCUGAGCAGCACUUGACAGCCUUUAGCCUGGGUAGGAGGGACCAGUAUCCCCAGAAGUAGAUUUGAAAAAAGGCCUGCCAGAAUCUGAAGCCUGGAGUGGGCUGCACAGCCAGUAUGAGGUGGACACUGAAGCACCUCCUAAGCUUCCCGCGGGGUUUGGAGAGCCAGCAUCACCCCUGAAACCUUCAGCUUUCUUCAAGUUCAAUCCUGCCUAUGUCCCAGCUGACUUUGUGACCUGCCCCCCACCCCAGUCAAUAAACAUGUUUGAAUGUUAGCAAAA